AUGCUUUUGAAUAAAACAAGUAUUUUUAAACAAACGUUAUUAAAAUCUAUUGUUGAUUAUGUACGACAAUCAAAUGAAAAGCUGCCACCGGAGUGUGACCAUGUACUUUCGGAACAAUUAAUACCAACAUUGGAUGAAAAGCAUUGUGAAUUAAUGUCAGUAAUUGAAAAUCGUUCAAAUGAGAUAACAACAACUGAAGUAGCCUACGAACGUGAAACAACAAAACUUAGCGAAGACACUGUAUAUUCAACGCAGUUGUCACCUGACGGUUUAUGUCUAUUAACAAAUAGUGAUGAUAAAACUCUACGUUUAUUUGAAAUACCAACAAAUAAUCUCAAUGAGAAUAAUCAUCAACAAUUUAAUGAUUUAGAUGCUGUUUUAAAAUUAAGAGAACCGGAAUUAAUUUACGAUUUCGUGUGGUAUCCACGUAUGAAUUCGACUGAUCCUGACUCGUGUUGUAUAUUUAGCACAUGUGGUGAUAAUCCCGUACAUUUAUUUGAUGCCUACACGGGCAUUGUUCGUUGUUCAUACAAGGCUUAUGAUCACUUGGAUGAAUUAAUUGCAGCGCACUGUAUCGCAUUUGAACCAGAUGGAUUCAAAAUGUUUUGUGGCUAUAAUAAAUCAAUACGUAUAUUCGACAUUAAUAGACCAGGACAAUGUAUUGAGGAGCGAAAAACGGCUGAACGCACAAGUUCUGUUAAACAAACUGGAAUUAUAUCGUGUAUUGAUUUUAGUCAAGAAUUUCGAGGUUUAUAUGCGGCAGGCUCAUAUAAUAAAAGCAUUGGUGUUUAUUUCGAAGCUAAAGGCGAUCCGCUGUGUAUUUUACAUGGACACAAUGGUGGAAUUACACAUAUUCGUUUUUCUCCUGAUGGAAAUCGUUUGUAUACGGGUGCAAGAAAAGAUAAUAUGAUAUUAUGUUGGGAUAUUCGAAAUCCUGGCGAAUUAUUGGCUACCUACGAACGUGUUGUAUCAACAAAUCAAAGAAUUUAUUUUGAUUUUGAUCCAACCUUCUCAACACUUGUGUCGGGAAGUUCGACUGGACAAGUAUCCAUAUGGGAUUUGAAACAAGAGUUUGUAUUACCUAAAAUGAAUUUUAUAGCCCACAAUGAUUGCACAAAUGGUAUUAGUAUUCAUCCAACUCUUCCACUAUUGGCAACAUCAUCUGGUCAGCGAAAAUUUGCUGGCGAUAUAACAACAAUCGAUGAAGACAAUAACGAUACUAAUAUUGAUGAUGAAUUUAAUAUCAAAACUAUUCCAAGAGAGAAUUGUGUUAAAAUUUGGGCUUUUCAUCCAUUAUAA